AUGAUGAGCUCUACUUCGGGCAAACGCAGUCACACUGACGACCCGCACGAGAAACACAAAAAACCGCGAUAUGCGUACAAGCAGGACCCGAACGGUUCAAAACACCGCAAAAAGAAUAAUAGGAACAACACCGAUACUUCUACUGGACCCUCAGUUAAUGACCUCAAAUCCAAGAUACGAGCUACAAAGCGACUAUUAGAGCAUUCGAAGAAUUUACCUGCCGAUGUGAGAAUUGAGAAAGAGCGGGCGCUGAAGGGAUACCAAAGGGAUUUGGAUAAGGCCGAGGAGAAGAGAGCACGAAAUGCUCUGAUUACGAAGUAUCAUUUUGUCAGGUUUCUAGAACGAAAAACAGCUACGCAAAACAUGAAAAAACUACAACGCAUGAAAUCGAAACUCCAAAAUGGGGAGGAGGGUGAAGAUACGGAACGAGAGUCAAUUGCAUCCAAAGCUGAGCGUCCGUUGACAGAGAAGUACAUAUCUCUAUACCCAACCAAGGAGAAGGAAGGGAAAAAGAAGAAUAAAAAAGGCAAGGGAGAUGAAAACGAGAAGGAGGAGGAAGUAGAAAUGGAAGAGGACGAGGAAGAGGAUAGCGGGGAGGAAAAGUCUGCACUUGGGCAGCGGCUGGCUCCUAUUCGGCAUGCGUCUAGCGAGAAGCCACCUCUUUGGUAUGCUGUAGAGCAAAGCAUGAAGGACGGGACACUAGAUUUGCUUCGGGAAGGAAGACUGGGAAUUACGGUGACGGGAGAGAAGAAGGGGUUGAACUGGGAGAGAGAGGAGAACCACGCUGCUAUUAUGCCUGCUGGCCAGAAAAAGGCGAAAGGAGGCCGUUCGACUAUGUCUAAGGAGCUCCAAGGCGGCGUGGCACUGAAUGGGAAGAAGCAGGACAAUGAUGACAUUGGUGGUGAUGACGAUGGUGAUGAGAGUGAUGGUGGUUUCUUUGAGAAGUGA